GAUUCGAGGUCUUCCCAGUGUAUCUCUCGAUUGCCAUGGCCAUGGCAUUGGCUUUCACGGAGGCCCCGCUCCGCUCGAGGCUCGCUCCGAGCCCCAGGUCCGUGAGCCGAAGGCCCACUGCGCCUUUCCUUCUAUCCGACCAGUCGCCGCGCGGUGUGUGCGGAGGCGCUGCAACCGUCUUGGCUUUUGUCCUCCGGCGGCGCCGGACUUCGCUGCGGGCCGCGCAGCAGCAAGAGUACCUCGAGGAGUUCGAUGCCUUGGGCAAGGAGCUGACCGGCAAGGCCGUGGUCGUUGGCUGGGACCCGGGGCCCAAGCAGGCGGCCGCGACUUCGGAAGGCCCGGCCUUCACGCCGGAGGAGUCGAUGGAGGAGCUGGAAGGUUUGUGCAGCACCUUGGGAAUUGAGGUGAAAGAGCGGGUACUGCAAAGGUGGCGCCCCUACAGCGGGCGGCUGCCCAUUGGCAGCGGCAAGGCGGAAGAGCUGCGGCAGCAGGUCAAGUAUGACCCUGAGCUCGGCGUCGUGGUGUUUGACCAGGACAUGUCCUACCGAAUGCUCAUGACGCUGAAGGGACGAAUCGCGCCGGGAGGGGAGUGUGUGAUCCUCGACAGGACAUCUCUAAUCCUGAGGAGAUCUUUGCGCAACGGGCGCGUACCAAGGAGGCCAAGCUGCAGGUGAAGCUGGCGAGCCAGCGCUACAUGCUGCCCCGCCUGCGGUACUAUCUGACCACGGGCGCUGGCAUGGAGGCCCAAGGCGGCUCCGUGGGCGCCGGAGGAACAUCGGGCGGUGGCGCUUACCUCAAAGGAAAGGGCGAGACGCAGCUGUCAAUGGACAGGUCGCUGAUGAAGCGGAAGAUUUCGGCGGUCACCAAGCAACUGGAGGAGGUGCGGAAGUUGCGGAAGCAGCAGCGUGAUCGCCACUACAGCUUGGGCUUGCCGGUGGUGUCACUGGUGGGCUACACCAACGCGGGGAAGUCCACACUCAUGAACGCGCUGGCGCAAACAGUUGAGGUGAAAGUCAAGGAUCGCCUCUUCGAGACCCUGGAUCCCACGCGGCGCUCGGUGACGCUGCCAGGAGGCCGCAACGUCAUGCUCGCUGACACGGUGGGCUUCAUUCAGAGGCUCCCGGAGCAGUUGGUGGCAGGAUUCCGGGCGACCUUGGAGGAGGUGGUCGAGACCACCAUGAUCCUGCACGUAGUGGAUGUAUCCUCUCCUACCGCUGCCCAGCAGAUCGCGAGUGUGUUGAAGACCCUGAAGCGCCUGCCCAAGUUCAGCCCGAAGACGCCACAGAUCAUGGUGUACAACAAGGUGGACAAGCUGGAAGGUGACAAGGCAGCGGAGCUGGAGAGGAGCCUCAGCUAUCCGGAUCCUGGCAUCGUGGGCCACGUGCAGGUGUCGGCCUUGAAGGGCAUCGGCUUCACCGCCUUGUCCAAGGCGAUCGAAGACACCUUGGUUAGCCACACGGACUUUGGCGCGGCCAGCAUGAAGCUCCUGAUCCCCUACACGGACUCCUCCGUCUAUGCUGAGCUGAAGGCGGGGGCGUCGCAAGUGAAGAUCAACUCCGAGGAGCACACCAGCGACGGGUACCUGCUGGAAGUGACCGCCUCACCCACGGCCGAGCGGAUGCUGAGUGGCUUCGAGGUCAGCGAGGAAGACUUCCAGCUGAUUUCGGAGAUGUGAGCGUAGCGGGCAGACUUGGCAGCGAGCAGCUGCUGGACUGGAUACGAGGGCAAACCAUUCCUAAUGGCUUGUUCCUACACUCAUGACUAAUUCAGAGGUGCUUGCACGUUGGCUUCAGAGGCGGCGUUGAGGUGCCUUCUUCCUCAGCUUGUUAAUGACCGCUAUGACCAAAGCCACAGAAGUCAGGCGGAAGUCGAAGAGGCGAAGUUG